CUGUCAAAGGUAAGUGUUUUUCAUGAGGUGGCGAAAGGAGUAAAAAGCUGGAAGGCAGCAGUGCGAAAUAUUCGUGAACAUUUUACCAAUUUCCGGCCAGCUGAUUAUGCUAGCGUAAAGCAUAACCCUUUCCCGAAGCCGCUAGUGUUCCAGUGUUACCCGUGUGCUGCAGAGAAUCUUGCCAGCUACUCAAGAAAACCUUAUCAGAAAGGACGAUCGACGACAACAACAACGCGGAACGAAACUACCUCUGCUCGCACCUCCCAUUCAAGUCAUAGCCGAUUCGAACGACGACGGUGAAAUAUCAUCAUGUUCCGACUGGCGGUUACGUCACGGUUCCUCUGUCAGCAGCUUGCCCGGACGGAGCUGGCCACCAGUGGCAUGCGGUCGCUGCAAUCUGCCACCAGCGUUUCCGCGUUCACCAGCACCAGACGGACGGCACACACGACGCAUGGCAUUAGCAGUGCAAGAUCGCUGUCCACCUCGCAGCCAAAGUUGCAAAGCGAAGAGGUGGAAGUAACGUUCGUGCGCGCGAAUGGAGAACGGGUGAAGGCGAAGGGCAAGAUCGGAGACUCACUGUUGGACGUCAUCGUUAACAACAAUAUCGAUUUUGAAGGAUUCGGCGCUUGCGAAGGAACGCUAACGUGCUCCACUUGCCAUCUGAUCUUCUCGAAAGCGGACUACGAUCGUCUGCCGGAAAAACCAAGCGACGAGGAGCUGGACAUGCUGGACCUAGCGUACGAGCUAACCGACACCUCCCGACUCGGCUGCCAAAUCACACUGUCGAAGGACCUGGAGGGGCUCGAGGUGCGUGUACCCGCCACUAUCAACGAUGCUCGCAGCUAAGAGCGUUGCUCCUGCUCCGGUGCGCAUUCCGAGUAGUCUUCGCCAGUGAACAAACUCCGAAGCGCGCUCCUCCGCGGUAGCUUUUCGAUGUAAGCAACAAGUGCAACAGCGUCGCUACAACAUAUCGCUGAUGUUAUUGCCUAUCGUUUUGUUUUUGUUUUUGUAUUUGUGUCCCUUCCUUGUUGUAAAUACGUUCAGCAAACACGUAACAAUUUCGCCGGUUCUAGGGCUAGGAGGAUAUAGUUGUAUAAAAUUAACCAUACCGAUUUAAUCGAGGCUGUAAGCGAUAAAAAGAACGAUUCGUUCGAGGUGCUUGAGCUAGGCGCGAGAAGAGCAUGUUUUAUUCAGGAAUGAUUUGUGUCGCUGCCUUGGUUGAUCUACAAUCCAACGUUACUUUUAGAUGCAGUAUUUGUUAAAUAUUGAUUCCGUCGGUGUUUCAAGGCCAGUUAACAGAACAGAAAGAUCGACAGAAAGACGAGAGAUGAGCAAUCCGAUUCUGUUGAGGAAAGGGGCAUCUUGUGUAAAGCAGCUAUAAAGCUGCCAAGUUUCGAUCCGUGUUUCAGGAUGCAUAAUGUAUGUUGCCACUGUUCCAAUAUGGAUAAGUGACAAACAAUAGAUCAAAUUGUGCUGUACAUAAGGUGUGGUUGGGAAGCGACAAGCACGUGUUAUUUUUCAACAGGGACAAAUGUUAAAUAGAAUAGAUUCGACAUGGGUAGAACAAAAUAAAACUGCAAAACGCGUUUUACAAACUGCAAUAUCUAAAA